CCUGGUCGGAGGCACGCUCGCUAUCCGUCGCCGUGGAGACGCGGGCGGUGCGCGCUGACGCACGGACGCGGGGCGGCUGGCUGGCGCGUGGAGGGGAAUCGGAGGGGCUGGCGAUGGAGGAGUGGCCCGAUCGGGGCCGUCAGUGUCAAGUCAAUUGUCCUCAUGGAUAUCAUGGAACUCAAAAACACCAGGAGGAAUAUAACAAUUCAAGUCAAAACAAGAGCCCUGAUAAACAUCGCGCUGAUCUUGCCUUCAUGGAUGACUAUAGUAACUGGGAUAUUGUAAGAGCCACACAAUAUGGAAUAAUCGACCGAUGUAAAGAACUGAUUGAAGCUGGUUACGAUGUCCGACAGCCUGACAAAGAAAAUGUGACCUUACUUCACUGGGCAGCUAUCAAUAACCGAACAGAGCUUGUGAAGUACUACAUUUCAAAAGGUGCGAUUGUGGAUCAGCUGGGUGGAGAUUUAAAUUCAACAGCUCUUCAUUGGGCAACCAGACAAGGCCACUUGUCUAUGGUGGUGCUGCUGAUUAAGUAUGGAGCAGAUCCCUUGUUAGUCGAUAGGGAAGGAUUCACUUGUCUUCAUCUUGCAGUUCAAUUCCAGCAAAUGCCAAUCAUUGCUUACCUUGUAGCAAAAGGUCAGAAUAUAGAUGCUGCUGAUAUGAAUGGACAAACACCAUUAAUGCUUGCAGCUUCCCGAAUAAUAGGGCCUGAGCCUACAAGAUUCCUCAUAAAAUUAAAUGCUUCGAUAAAUGCUGUUGAUAAAUUGCAGAAGAACACACCUCUGCACUGGGCAGUACUAUCAGGAAAUGUGGCAGCACUAAAUGUACUGCUAGCUGCUGGUGCAAAUGUUGAAGUUAAAAAUGCAAUGGGUGAAACUCCUCUGGAGCUGGCUCAGCAAAACAGAAAUCCUUGGAUAAUCCAUAGUUUGAUUGACACAAAUGCUUUUAGAAGUAGAAGCCCUUUUGUGCUGAAGCUUUUUAAGUGUUUUGAAAAAUACAAGCUUCUCCUGUUGUUUUUGAUGUCAGUGGGAGUAAUAUGGAUGACAGGCUACAUAGCAGACUUGGAAUCUGACUCCUGGCUUCUGAAAGGCAUAUUGUUUGUCUCCACUUGGCUCAUAAUACAGCUUAUAAUAAGGAGAUUUUUGAGUGUGCAGACUUUUGGCUACAUUCCUUUAGCAUUUUUGUCAGCAUCACUUUUUUGGAUGAUCAUCACGUGGUUCAUCCGGUUCUUGCCUGAUUUUCCGGAUUCAGUAUUUCAGAUUCCAUUUGCUCUCAGCAUAACAGGUUGUAUCUAUUAUUUCUAUAAAACCUGGACAGCAGACCCUGGAUACAUCAGAGCUUCAGAGGAAGAUAAGAAAAAGACUGUUAUAUCACUUGCAGAAGCUGAUUGCUUGGACCCAAGGAUCUUCUGCACUAUGUGUCUUGUGCGCAAACCUCUGCGAUCUAAACACUGUCCUGUUUGUGACCGUUGUGUAGCCAAGUUUGAUCAUCAUUGUGUAUGGAUUUCACGUUGUAUUGGUGCUUGGAAUCAGCGAUAUUUUGUUAGCUUCCUGUUUUUCAUGUUCACAGUACUUCUCUGGAUGAGCUAUGGAACGAUUGUGUAUUGGUCCUCACAUUGUGUAACCAGCUAUGAAAAGGAUGGAUUAUGGAUACUUCUGAUCCAAAUUAUUUCAUGUUCUCCAUGGAUAGUUUGGAUUUUUCUGCUAGUGAUAUUCCAUUCCUCAUGGGUUAUAUUUCUGCUAUUUAACCAGCUCUAUCAGACUUUGUAUUUGGGUCUAACAACCAAUGAACGGCUCAAUUUGACCAAACGUGCGCAUUCUGGACAUAUUCUUGGAGUUCAGCAAAAUCCAUUCAAUCAUGGCUGUUUCCAGAACUUAGUGGACUUCUUCCAAUGCCGUUGUUUUGGUCUGCUCAAGCCAAGCAAAAUUGACUGGAGUCAGCAGUACACGAUGGGCUUUGACCAACCAAGGACAAAUGAGUUUCAGUUUGUAUGAGAAGUGUAUGGGGGGCAAUUGUAAUAAUUUUUUAUGUAUAGAUUUCUCGUUUGUGACAGAAGAUUAAAGAAUUGGCAGGUGGUUCUUAUUGGUUGUAUAAUUCAUGUGCAUCUCAGUUGAUGUGAUUUCAGUAAUUUAAAUUGUGACUUUUGUUUUAAAUUGUUUAAGUCAUGUUCAACUUCAUUAAGUAAUGGGGUACUAGUCCAAAGAAAGUAAUAUUUUGGAGACAAAAUGCAGUAAAAUAUUUGUGAAAUAAGAUUAAAAUCAAAUUGAUAUUAUAAAUUAUAUUAAAUUGUACACUUUUUAACAAAAUAUGUAUUUUUACAAUGGUUACUUGUUUAAAAAAAUAAUUGUUUUUAUUUCAAAAAUCCAUUGUUGUCUAUAA